AUGGGUGAUCCAGUUAAUGAUGUUGAUCCGGUAGAGGAGUAUGAAAAUGAAAACUCUGUUGGGAUUAGCUUAGUAGAGGCCAUAUCUGAUAAUGAUAGAGACACUGCCCAAAAUUCUCAGGCCCCUAAUAUUGUGUCUACUGAGGGCCCUUCCACAGAAGUUCAAACAGUAGCCUAUGAAAGAAAAAAAAGAAAGAGGACUUCUGAUGUAUGGAAGGAUUUUGUUGAAGUUGAUAGCAAUGGGGUUAAACAGCCUCAAUGUAAGUGGUGUAAAACUAUAUUUAAAGCUUCUCGCUCAAGUUCUACCACUACAUUAUGUAGGCACCUGCUGACUUGUUUGCCAUACAUGGGGUCUAAGAAAAAACAAAAAGUCUUAGCAGUUGAGUCUAAGGAGGCAGAUGGUGCCUUCACUGUCUCAAACUUUACCUAUGAUCGUAAUAGGGUCCGAGAGCUUGCCUCUCAUAUGAUACUUUACCAUGAAUAUCCAUUCUCUUUAAUGAAACAUGUGGUAUUUAAUAGAUUCAUGAGUGCAAACACUCCAUAUUGGGAAAAAAUGUCUCGGGCUGCUGCAAAGAAAGAAUGCAUGAGAACUAAUGAGAAUGAAAAGACAAAGUUAAGGGCUUUGCUUAAACAUGUGAAUAAGGUUCAUAUCACAACUGACAUGUGGACUUCUUGUCAAAAACUUUCAUAUAUGGUAGUGACAUGUCAUUUUAUAGACUCUGAUUGGCACCUUCAGAGGCGUGUCUUGAACUUUUGUAAUGUGCCACCUCCACAUACUGGCCUUCUUAUUGCUGAUGCUUUAGAAAAGUGUUUCCAAAGUUUGGGGAUUGAGAAUAAAAUUAGUUCAAUUACUGUUGACAAUGCUAGUUCUAAUGAUGUUGCCAUUCUGAUCUUGAAAGAUGAUUUUAGAUUGAAGAAAACACUGUCUUAUGGACUUGGGGAGAUUAGGGAUAUUGUUGAUUGUGUUAGAGAUGGUAUAAAAUAUCUGGUAGCAUCGGAGAGUAGGCUAAAACAGUUUAGUGAAAUUGCAAAACAGUUACAAUUGCCCUCAAAGAAACUGAUUUUAGAUGUGCCUACAAGAUGGAACAGCACUUAUUUAAUGUUGGAUGUUGCAAUUCAGUUCAAAGAAGUUUUUCCUAGAUAUGGUGAUAGAGAUAGAUGUUUUGAAUGGAUUCCAACUGUUGAAGAGUGGGGGCAAGUUGAAAAUGUUUGUCAACUAUUAGCUAUUUUCAAUGAAGUCACCAAUAUUGUAUCUGGAAGUGAUUACCCAACAGCAAACUUAUUUCUUUCUGAAGUUUGGAGAAUGAAGGACAUCUUAGGUAAGAAGAGUAGAGAUGAGAAUGAGUACAUGAAAUCAAUGGUAAGAAAAAUGAGUGCUAAGUUUGACAAAUAUUGGGGGGAUUGUAAUCUAUUGAUGUCAAUUGCUGUGGUGUUAGAUCCUAGAUUCAAAAUGGUUCUGAUCCAGUUUUGUUUUCCUUUAAUUUAUCACGGGCCGGAGGCUGUUAAGAAUAUUGAUCAUGUGUCUGCUGUGUUGCUUGAGUUAUAUAAUGAGUAUGUUCAUGAAUACAAUUCAACUCUUAAGGCACAAAGAGAGCAAGAUAAUGCUCGAAUGAAUGUAUCUGGUUCUUCCUCAAGUGUUGGGACUGGGAGAAGCAUGCAGAGUGGCCAGUCAUUAUUUAAAUCUUUUGUUAGAAGUGUUGAUACCGUGCAACUUAGUAAAUCAGAACUGGACAAUUAUUUAAAGGAGAGCAUUUAUAUUUGUGAAGAGGGUUCAGAUGCAAGUUUUGAUGCCUUGGAAUGGUGGAAAACAAAUAGUCUCAAGUUUCGAACUUUGUCCAAACUGGCCCGAGAUAUUUUGGCUACUCCAAUUACCACAGUUAGCUCAGAAUCAACAUUCAGCGCAGGAGGCAGAGUCAUUGAUCCUCAUAGAGCUUCAUUGAAGAUUGAAACUGUCCAGAUGUUGUUAUGUGGGUCUGACUGGGUUAGAGCACUAUAUGGGCUUAAAAGAUCAUCCACAAAUUCUAUGGAUGUUCCAUCAGAAACUCAUAUUCUCUUGCCACAGCAAUAG